UACUAGUAGUAGUAGGAAAAUAGUAGUAUAUAUAAAAUAGUAGUAGUAGUAAUAGCAAAAUAGUAGAAUUAUUGUGUCAAUAUCAACAAACCUCUAGGUGUCUCUACCUCCCCUACCCCUUCUCCCACAGCCAGUACCAGUCCGAUGUCCUUUCCUCCCAGACUGUGAUGCGUCAUGGCUCCGGUGCUGAGUGGCGUGUGGUGGGGACCGGAGGCGGGCAUUGUGGGGUCUGGGGCAGGGGCCAUUGAUGGGGUGGUAUCAUGGCUGAACAGCGGGCAGCUGGUCCUGGUUGGGACUCUUAGUGUCCUCACCGCCCUCGUACUGCUGUCACUGCUGCUGCUGUGUGCCAGCUGCCAAGGGCAGAAGAAACCAGCUAAUGGACAUCCAGUAACAGACCAUGAAAACCUCAUGAAUGGGGUUUCAGAAAGAGAGACGUUCAGCCAGUCGGUGGACACUCCAGGCUCAGACCUGGCCAUAAGCACCUCUCACAAUGGUCCUCUUACUAGCGGUACAGUUCUGACGGACACACAGGACACCAGUCCCCAGCCGUCAGAGGAGCUUCUCUCCAGCCAAUCAGAGCUCAGGUCCUCCAAGUGCCAUCAGGACCGCGAGCUUCCCAGCAUCCCCCCGAACAGCUCUAUUAUAGGGGAUGAAGCCCCGGCCUCGGGGGAUGGUACCUAUGAGAUGGUGAAGGAGAUGGCGGUGACGUCGCGUGACGUCAGCCUCGAAGAUUCCCUGUACGAGACGGUCAAGGAGCUGAAGGACCCCCCCGCGGCGCUCGGACCCCUCCCCAACGGUACCGCCCACCUGAGCUCCGCUGACGCUGCCAAGGUGCCCGCCCCCACCCCCGUCCUCCUCAACGGCCACCUCAGCCCCUGCACCCCGGAGCGGGGCCCCCUGUGCGCCAGCGUGGAGUACGCCUCGGUCGACCUGAACAAAAAGAGCCGCUACAGUGCAGACAUGGAGGCCAAGCGGCGCUCGGACAAUGCUGGUGGGGCGGCCCGAAGACAGCCGGAGCAGCUGGAGGACGACUUGCCCCCGCCCGUACCUGAGAAGGUUCUGGAUGAAAACGACAACCAGCCGGUGUUGGUUAAUGGGUUAGCGGGGGCUGGUCUACACAACGGAGAGUUGCAUUCCCCUCUGUCUCCCUCACCAGGGCUCGACAACCACAUUCUGUCAGACAAUGAGUCAGCGGUGUAUUCCACCGUCAACAAACCAAGCGGCGGCGACGGCGGCGACGGGAAUGAUGAGGAUAAAGAGCAUGACUACAGCAGCAUCGCUGAAAUCAAAGGCCUGGUCCCUGCCUCCUCCUCCAACGACCUCUACGCCACUGUACGGGACCUCUACUCCCACCCCGACAGCCCCCAAUCUGAGGGGGGAGGCCGGGCUGCGGAAAGCCACGACCCCGGCUAUGAGAGCAUUCGCAUCCCAAAGACUGGUAGCGCGGAGGAGGGUCACAGGGCCGAGCUGGUGGCAGAGGAGGCAGAAGCCACGAAGGUGGAGCCUGACUAUGAAAGUGUCGCAGAGUUGGGCCUUAACCGGGAAACUUCCCGUCUCUGACUAUCCCAGCUUCCCAUUCCUCUUUUCCCCCCAAAACAUAUCUAAAUCGCAGACCAUAUCCAAUGCCUUUGAACUCGCUGCCAAGCAUGCUUUUGGUGCAUGUCUUGGGGAUGGCAGAAGAGGCUCGCUGCAGCAUCUUGGCUCGCUGCAGCAUCUUGGCUCUUACCAUCAACGCAUGAGUGUUGGGUUUUUUUUGUGAUUUUUUUUUUUUUAAAGCUUGGGUACGCUUUCCAGAAAUCUGAACUUGACUUCUUCAAUUCAAUUAUAAAUCAGGGUGGAGGUCACUGCUCAAUAUUGGUACUGGUAAAUAAACUUUCAGAUGGUAGCGCCUCUAUCACAGGGCACUCGCCAUGUAGACAAGUGCACUUUGGAACGUAAUUGAAUUCUCCUCUGUAGAAUAUUAAAUAUCAUAUAUCUCCACUAAUAUAUCCUGAACAGCAGACAUCAUGCUUUCGCUGUACACCAUCAGAGACUGACAGAAAUGAGAUGAGGAAGGAAAAUUGAAUAGGCUAUAUAUAUAAAUACACCAUUGUCAAAUCAAUAACCAGUCACAAAGACGGCGGUCCCAAGUUUGGUCGGGAAUGCAAUGUCUUCGCUGGUGAUUUUGCAACAAACAAAAAACAGCCACAACACAGUGCCGUUGAAAAACAUCUUUUCACACACCUUUAAAAGGUCAUAUAUGUUGGACGGUUCCACUCCAAUAAGCUGGUGUCUUUUAGGAUCCUCUACCAGACUAAUCAGUUUCAGUGCCAUGUUUAUUCAGAGGUCAGAUGCCAUGUUUCUUUGCUAUUCCCUGUCAGCUUCUCGGUACCCGUGCUGUGCGUUCUCUGUUGGAAAUGGUUGGUGAAUGGGUUCUUGGCACACCACUGGGCCUGACAUGCCAAGAGCUCAGCCAAUAACAUCUGGUCUUUUUCUUUUUUUUUUUUCCAACCAUGACCAAACGGUUGGCACAGACAAAGAUGGCGCUCGACAGGUGAUGAAGAUGGAGUUGGAUGACAGUGUCUUUUUUUUUUUUUUUUUACAUCGCCCCUUGCACACUUAAGAGUCCAUCCUGAAUAUUACAUGAUAAAAGAAGAUGGGAUCGAUCAUCUGCAAAACCAAAAUAGAAACAAGGGGUGAAGCGAGGAACUCGCCUUGUGUACGCAGUACACUGGUACACACGUCAGCAGUUCCACAAACUAUUUUUAAGGCAUUUUUAACAUGCUACAGUAGAUAUUGACGUUUUUUAUGAGAUUGAUAUUUAUUUGAGAAAAAAAAGCACAUUGUUGUGUAAUUGAGAGUCGUUUAUCCAUAUGUUUGUGAGAUCCAACUUAGUAUGGUUUUGUAGAAUAGGAAUCUUAAUAAGAUGCUAAAUGAAAAUGAGUUGUGAAGGUAUUGACAGUUAUGUCACGGUACGCUCCUUCCUGGCCUUUUACAUAACUCGUUCCUUAAACGGCAACAAAAGGAAAAAAAAAUACAAAAAGUGGUGAGUCCAUAUAUCUGUUCAUGUUUUGAUCUCUUAGUCCUGUGAGCUAUUUAACUGGGUUUGCUUUAUAUGGAAAUUUUGAAGUCAAAGCAUAUUUAAAAGGACUUAUAAUGUGACAAAUGUGUACUAGUACUGCCAAGGUAUUGAUCGACUUGUGUUAAUUUUUUUGACAUGUCCCUGUUUCCGCUUAUCCUACUGUUGGUACAUACAGCCCUUAAUCCACGUGGCUUUCGUGUUCAUUUGAAAGCACCGUGGUCGCAUAUUAUGGUACUGCAUUUGUAUAGAGCACAGCAAAAACAUGAUUAUCUGCCAGUAAUGCCGUUGCACAGUUUGAAUGCAUUUUGAAUUACUGCUAGCACUCUUUACGAAAACAUAUCUGUAGCUGGGAGCAUGUCCGUUCCCUCAGCCCUAUGUUCCCUCCACCCUGUUUCGUUGAAUUUCCCUAAAUUUAAGCUAACCUACGUUAACCUGAUGUACACUCAAUCUCUACCAAAGCCUAACCUUAACCCAACGUUUACCUUAAGCUAACCUUAGCUGAUAGCUAACCUAUUCGAUAGCUAACCUGUUCGAUAGCUAACCUAUUCGAAAGAUAACUUAUUUGAUAGCUAGCCUGUUCGAUAGCUAACCUAUUCGAUUGCUAACUUAUUUGAUAGCAAACCUAUUUGAUAGCUAACUUAUUCGAUAGCUAACGUAUUCGAUAGCUAACUUAUUCAAUAGCUAACGUAUUCGAUAGCUAACCUACAGGGCUGAGGGAACCUAGGGCUCCUGUAUGUAGCUUGUACUGACGACAUGCCUAGCCAGGCUUGUAUGUAGUUAAAGUGCUAUUUUAAGCAGAUGUUACUUGCUAUGCAUUUUAAGUGAGCUUUUACUUAUUUGUACAAUGUCCAGAAUGGUAAAGUAUAAUUUUAUAAUACAGCUGUUAAGAGCACUGAUGUAAGUCUGCGAUGUUGUUUAAAGGGAAGACUGAAAAUUUGUCAUCCAAUGACGUCUAUGCCUUUACCUCUUGUAUUGUAGCUCAACUUUGUCUAUUGCUUUUGAGCUCAGAGAAGUAAGUUUGGAAUUUAUCGUCAAAAAUAUGGUACAAAUGUGUUGGUACAUGUAUUUUAACAAAUCGUAUGGUUGGUACUUUUUAUUUAAGAAAAAUAAUUGAAUCGGUGUCUAAGUAUUGUUGUUUGGUGUUUACUUACAAAAUAUCUGGGCCAAUUCUAUGUGUAAAUAAUUAUUUCGGUUAUUAAUCCCACUAGCAAAAAAAGAAAGUAGUGCUGUUUCAUACUCUAUUUCCAUCCAAUAUUACAUUAUUGUAUCAGGCCUUGGCUCAUCUCUAAUUAGACGUGUAAACUUGCUGGCAGUCCACACAAAGCUUUGGGUCACUGCUCUUAGAAUCAAACAUGUUAUCGGCCAUUUUGAAACACAAAUUUCCCAGCGUUGCACCAGACAAAGUACAAUUUCAGAUGAAGGACAGUUCCUGCGUCUUUUGGAAAAAAUAAAAAUGACCAAACUAAACAGCGUGGAGGCUGCUACGUACAACAGUUUACAGAUAUUUCUGUGGAGAGAAAUUAUUGCGAUAAGCCCCUUUGAAAAACACAUGAACCUUUCAGUGUCUAUCUCCUGCCCAUGGACUAUCAGCAAUCAAAGUAAUAAUAUGAAGGACAGAUAUGAUGUUUUGAUACCAAAUCUAAUCAGGAUAUCACACAAUAACAUACAAUCAUGCACUUGCGCAAAUAUAAUCAAACAUUUAGUAGCUUUUCACCACACACCGACACACGCUCACAUACACACACACACGUAGAGACACACUAGUAUUAAAUUCCUACCUGAGAAUGCAUCACACUUUAUCUCUCUUACACAUCCAAACACGCACAUAUACAUCCACACCUAUACCCCCCCCCCCCACACACACACACACCCUUGCAGGAAGUGGUGGUGUUAUAAGAGUCCUGGGCUUCUUUAGCACCCCCCCCCCACACACACACACACACACACGACCAGCAGACAACUCCACAAUGUGAGCCGCCUUCGAUCACAAGGCUGAAGCUGAUUUUGUCAGUUAUGGCCAUAUCAUUCAUUCCACUCUGUCCUGCUUCCUGUGUAUGCAUGUGAAUAUUUUAUGAAAUGAAGUAUUCUAU